AUGAAGCUGGGCGAUCGAGAUCUAACGGCCAUCCUCAAGCUUGUCAGUUCCAUACGACGCAUACAACUGAAACACCUUAGCUCAGCCGUGCGGGUCUUGGACCGGCAUGCCAUGGACCAUGAGAUGCGGGACACCAUGCAAUUGGCGCAAAACCUCAGUCGUGCUAACACCAAAAUCCUCGCUACUUUCCAUCAAAUACCCGUCACGCGAUCUAUUCUGAUUUUCGCCAACUUCUGGCGCAAGACCGAACGCGUCCAGGUCCAGUACGCCUUCAACAAACUCAUGCUUCACACGAAGCGCCACCGCCUGGUUGUGCGACUAUGUGUGGUUCUUGACGCAAUAGUCACCGGCGUGCUGGUGCGCUUCCACAAACGCGAACCCUUCAAUAUGCUCCGAGUGCACGCCGACCAGGAAGCGGUGUCGGAGGCCCGACAAAUGAUGGAGCUGGCCAAGAUCCGAGCGGACGAGCAGAUCCGGCUGUGCUCACAGAGGUGCGCGGUAGUGUGCAUCGAACGCGUGUGUAAACGAGCUAACGAGCGAUACCUUAAGUUCUCCACCUCACAACUUCGACGGAAUGCGCUGACCCUGACCCUCGCCCAAGAAAAGGAAGCCUUUCUCGACUACCAUGGCGCUCUCGUACGGGUCGGGAAGAGGACGGCGAUGGAACGCAUGGCCUGUACCUUGGUCAAUUCCUGGGAGCGGAAACGAAGAUCACAGCUCUUCGAAGGCUACAUAAAACUCCUGGUGGCUAACAAGUCAGAGAAAAUGCGGCUAAGUAUCCUCAAGGAGAAGGCAAUAUUCAAUCUAACUGCUUACAUCGAACGCCGACGGGUCCUGUUGCUCAACGAGAGCUGGAAGACCCUACGGCACAUCCUCGUCAUUGCUCCUCAACACGACGCGCUCCUGCUCCAGUCGGUCUCCCAAGCGAUUGUGUCUGCCCAGAAAACGGCUUCCGAGAUCGAAGUCUGCCGCAAGGUUGGUGAGGCGCGAGAGGCUUACAACGCAUCCCGAUACGGAUACGUCCUGCCCAAACUGACCGCUCAUCGACAGACUCCUCAUACUCAUGGACGUCGAAAUCCUUCCCACGACCCUUCUCACGAUCCUUAUAAUGACUCUCACACCAACCCAUAUGACGACCGCCCUGAGCACUUUUCCCGAUUUGGAGGAUAUGGUGAUGACAGCAGCGGGGCUGGGCCUGGUCGCCCGGACUCCCCGGGCGGUCUCUCGGGUCCGCCACCAUGCCUGCUGCCGUCACCCGGAGAUGUGGCGCCUUCAGUCAACGCCGGCACCAUCAAUUCCCCCAACGUCUCGCCAGGCUUUGCACCCCUCGACCCACAGCAGAUAGAUAUUCAACAAGUCGGGAUCGAGUCCUCGAGACCGCCCCAGGACUCCAGCCACAGAGACGGCCUUAGCGGCCGAGUCGCAGAACGGCUACUCAAGACAGCAGGCCGACUCGGGGUAGCACCGGAGCUCCUUCAACCGUUUAUGUCCGGCGGCACGUCGCCCAACUACUCCGAACUUCCAACGCCUCGCGAUCCCGAUGACGAAGACCCCAGUCUAGCACAGCUCCGGAAGGAACUAAACCUAACAAAAAUCCCUACCACCAAGCAGAAACAGCAGGUCAAGGACCACCUGGCAAUCCACUCUCCGACCUCGGACCGACCUUCCCCAGAGGACUCGAGCUAUGACUCUGAUAGCGGUAAGCACACCACACCCAAGUACCAGGUAGAACUUCGGUCUGUGACCAGUGUACUGAUCACAGUGUACUGA